ACAUAUUUUAAGAUUAGACCAGUGUUUCCCAAACUGCAGCAGCCUACACCGGACAGGGAUGUACGUGGGAAGGAAAUAAUUAGGCUAUGGUGUGUCUUCACCGACUGAAGUCACCUGCAUCAUCUGAGAAGAGCAUCUUCAUCACCAGGGAAGAUCGUCUUCAUCAUCACCUGCAUCACCAUGAAGUCCUUCAUCUUCUGUUUCAUCACCCUGGUCAUGGCAAUGACAGCAACUACAACCUUGGCAGGGCCAUUGCCAUCCAGCUCUGGCCAGGGCAAAAUGACUCUGGAUCAGAUCAUUGAACGACUCAAAAGUAGAACUCAAUAUGAGGGCCCACUUGAGGUUCCCUUUGAUGUUCCAGAGGAGGACAAGGACCCUCUUCAAGCUGGGGUCAUCAACCAGGACGAAAGAGUCAAGAGAGAUGACAAUGACUUUGAUGGCUAUCUUGCCGUUGCAUGCCCAUGGCUUCAAAGCAUCUCCAGUGUAGGCAGUUACCACAGCAAUCGCCAUGAAGACAGACGUUUCAGUAUCAGCUGCAAGCCAGUGUUCGGCUCCCACCCUGUCUGUCAUCAAUCUAAUUGGGUGAACCACUUCGAUGACCCCUUUGACUUUACCUGCGGCAACAACGAAGUCUUAACAGGGAUGUUCAGUUACCACAGCAACCGCCACGAGGACCGCCGCUUUAAGUUUCAAUGCUGCUCGGCUAACUUGAUGCUCCAUGGCUGCCACUGGACCCCCUAUCUGAACGACUUCGAUCAGUCUUUCAACUACCACGUCCCUAACCACAUGGUCAUCGCUGGAGUGAGCUCCUACCAUCACAACUAUUAUGAGGAUCGACGCUUCAAGUUUUACGUCUGUAGUGAUUCGCAAUCACAGCAGUAAUAAAGAAAUCCUUUGGCUGCCAUUGAAGAUGCACAAAAAAGUGAAAGAAGAAAGAAAGAAGAAGGCUGUCAGCUAGAAGGGAAGAGCUAAUGGCGUGUGUCUCUCAAUUAAUUCCUCAGAGCAGCUCAUACUUACUCUGUGUCUAUUCCCUUUCUAAACAAGAUUCAUCUUGAUCAUGUAGUCUUGUCUGACACUGAUGAUUUAGGAUUAGUCAUGUUUUCUCUAAAACUUCCUUUUAUGAAUAAUUGCCAUCAUGAAUGCGGAAAAGCAAAAAUUUGUUAAAACUGUCAACAUAAAAUCUGUUACUCUUUUAGCCUAAU